CUCGGUCACACGUCGAAUACCUGUGACCCAGCCAGUAUGAUCCACAAACCCUAAAAUACACACUCAUCGGACCCUUACAACGCCCAGCAUGGAACGUUCCCGCAUGUUCCCGCUCCGACCGCGGUGCCCAGGGCCUGACUGAGGGGUGACCGAGCGAGCGGCACCCUGAGGAGAUCAACCCGGGUCCGAGGAGUCCACCAGGAGAACCAAGAGUCCACCAAGAGGACACGGCCCCGAGAGGCGGCGGGCGCCCCGCGGCAGCACCCACGGGCGACCUCGGGGCCUGCGUGCCGGCGCGGAGGGCCCGCAUCCACUCAGGGAGGGCACGCGGUGCCCACGUCAGGGGUUAACGGUCGGAACCAGGCCUCGGCGCGCGGCCCACGCAGGGAGCAGCCACUCUCCGACCCUCGACAACGCCCAGCCCCACGGUAGGGCCGUGGGGAGUCCGCUGCGUGUGGCCCGGUCUGGCCCAGCCCCCGGCGCACGCUGCAGGGCGACCUCUCGGCCCGGCCCGCCUCGCAGGGCGGGAACCGCCGCGAAACCGCCCGGGGCCGCGCGCUGAGCCUCCCGGAGGAACUACAACUCCCGGCGUCCCUCGCCCCGGCUUAGGGCUUCUCUGCAUUUUCUCACACUCGCCCUUCCGCGCCCGCGCUCGGUGGCUCCGCCCCAAGCAGGGCGCUCCGCUAUCGCCCCGUGGUCCCGGACGUGGCCACGCCCCGGUCGCCGGGCGACUCCGUGACGUCACGCGGGCCUACGCGUCGCGCAGGAGGCGGUAGUUGGAGGACGGUUCCUGGCUGGGUCCGGGACGCCCCAGGAACGCGGAAGAGGCUCUGAGGGCGGCCGCGAUGCCCGGCCUGCAGCGGGUCAGUCAGCUCCUGGAACUAGAACAUGAAGACUAAAAGCCAGUACAUGUAAAGCUCAUAGUGCUUGGCACAUAAUGAAUGUUCCUUUAUUUGACUUACUAUUAUUUCCUGCCUACUGCAGCAAGCAAGCUGGAAGGAACUGGAGUGAAAGAGAAGCCACUUACUAUGGGAAACACAUGGCACAACCUGCACAGUUGAACACAGAGAAGAGGAUACUAAAGGGCCAAGAUGAAGAAGACUGAGGAAGAGAGAAAGAGAGAGGACAGGGAUGUUGAGGGGGACUACAUGUUCCUUAUCACUUAUUUCCAAGUGGCAGUGCUGGAACCUACUGUGGCAUUCAUGGACAAGGAUGUCACACAUAUGCCUUUGGUGUUUCAUGAAGAAUAUUUCCAGAUAUAUCACAGACAUUAAGCCUUUGCCUCCCAACAUAAAAGAUAGAUUGAUUAAAAUAAUGAGCAUGCAGGGGCAAAUAACAGAUUCAAAUAUAAGUGAGAUCUUACAUCCUGAAGUUCAGACUCUAGAUCUACAUAGCUGUGACAUUUCUGAUACUGCUCUCCUGCACCUGUGUAACUGCCGAAAACUGAAGAUAUUAAAUUUAAGUUCCUCAAUAGGAAACAGAAUUUCCAUAACUUCAGAAGGAAUAAAGGCUGUGGCUUCAUCUUGCUCAUCCCUGCAUGAAGCGUUUCUGAAACGAUGCUGCAAGCUCACUGAUGAAGGAGUGCUUGCCCUUGCCCUCAAUUGCCGGCUGCUGAAGAUCAUUGACUUAGGAGGCUGCUUAAGUAUUACUGAUGCAUCCUUACAUGCAUUAGGGAAAAACUGCCCCUUUUUACAAUGUGUUGACUUUUCAGCUACCCAGGUAUCUGACAAUGGUGUGGUCGCACUUGUUAGUGGACCUUGUGCCAAGAAAUUAGAGGAAAUCCACAUGGGACAUUGUGUAAAUCUGACGGAUGAGGCUGUGGAAGCUGUCCUUGUGUCUUGUCCUCAGAUACGGAUAUUACUUUUCCAUGGAUGCCCCCUAAUAACAGAAUUGUGCUGCUGUUCUGGGCCCUUAGAAUUCUCAUAUAAAUAUGAGGAUCAUCUUACCAACUUUCACCCAAAAAAGCCCAUUACCAGAUCAUUCACGAGAAGUCUUGCAGCGAUUAGUAGGCCCAAACAAACUGAAACAAGUGACAUGGACUGUGUAUUGAUGCCUUUUGAAGCUCAUCAAAGCUGUGGAGGCUGAUCAAAGCUACUUUCCCAGGAAACCGUCUGUACAGAUUUGCUUUCCACUUAAUUUAAGACUACUUUAUUAUUUUACCAUCUUAUUUAAGCUAUAACUCUCAGAGAAUCAGCUAACUCUAAGUGUACAUGGUUUGUGCUCUGAAGUUAACCAGACCCUUAAACAUUUCAAUGUUGCUAUUAUUCUAUACUUGUUUGGCGAGUCAUUGUUUUUGAAAUGUAAUUCCAGCAUGAACUCUUACCUAUUGAGGAGGGACCAGAGCAGGGCAUGAGUUUUGUUUCUUAAAUAGCAAGGUUUUAAAUCAUUUGUUUUCCCCUGAGAUUUCCUUCUCCUACGUAGACAUUUGAGCUGUUUAAAGAGAAAUUUGCUGAUAUUGGAUAAACUGUUUGUUCUUCCUUAAGAAAAAAGUUCCUUCCUAAUUAUUUCCUGGCUUUUACCUUUUUGAAGUAUUUAAAUGCCAUUUGCCAAAAGCAAAGCUGAACACUAGACCUGUUAAGUAUUCACAGAAUUUAUAUAUCUCUUUGUUUCACGAAGUAAAUACGUAAAUGUCAUAAUUCACAACAUCACACCUUAGCCACUGGGCUUGUUUAUAUUUGUAAUGCCCUUGACCAGCUCCUUUCUCCGUUGAUUUUUGUGCUGACUCUUCCCAAAUAUAUUUUAUUCUUCUGUGAGUCUUGUUCCUUAGCAAAACUACAUUUAGAAAUGUGUAAACAUGAAUAAAUAUGAAGUAGCAUUACA